AUGUCUGAUGAAUUUGAAAAUAUUGAGAAAAGAUAUUUAAAAUUUUAUUCAAAGUUUGAAAUUCAGUUUGAGUGUGCAUUAGGAUCAUCAUCAUCAUCAUCAUCAUCAUCAUCAUCAUCAUCAUCAUCAUCAUCAUCAUCAUCAUCAUCAUCAUCAUCAUCAUCAUCAUCAUCAUCAUCAUCAUCAUCAUCAUCAUCAUCAUCAUCAUCAUCAUCAUCAUCAUCAUCAUCAUCAUCAUCAUCAUCAUCAUCAUCAUCAUCAUCAUCAUCAUCAUCAUCAUCAUCAUCAUCAUCAUCAUCAUCAUCAUCAUCAUCAUCAUCAUCAUCAUCAUCAUCAUCAUCAUCAUCAUCAUCAUCAUCAUCAUCAUCAUCAUCAUCAUCAUCAUCAUCAUCAUCAUCAUCAUCAUCAUCAUCAUCAUCAUCAUCAUCAUCAUCAUCAUCAUCAUCAUCAUCAUCAUCAUCAUCAUCAUCAUCAUCAUCAUCAUCAUCAUCAUCAUCAUCAUCAUCAUCAUCAUCAUCAUCAUCAUCAUCAUCAUCAUCAUCAUCAUCAUCAUCAUCAUCAUCAUCAUCAUCAUCAUCAUCAUCAUCAUCAUCAUCAUCAUCAUCAUCAUCAUCAUCAUCAUCAUCAUCAUCAUCAUCAUCAUCAUCAUCAUCAUCAUCAUCAUCAUCAUCAUCAUCAUCAUCAUCAUCAUCAUCAUCAUCAUCAUCAUCAUCAUCAUCAUCAUCAUCAUCAUCAUCAUCAUCAUCAUCAUCAUCAUCAUCAUCAUCUUCAUCAUCAUCAUCAUCAUCAUCAUCAUCAUCAUCAUCAUCAUCAUCAUCAUCAUCAUCAUCAUCAUCAUCAUCAUCAUCAUCAUCAUCAUCAUCAUCAUCAUCAUCAUCAUCAUCAUCAUCAUCAUCAUCAUCAUCAUCAUCAUCAUCAUCAUCAUCAUCAUCAUCAUCAUCAUCAUCAUCAUCAUCAUAUCUGUGCUCCAAUGCUUAUUUCUGGUCAUUUAUACUUUGCCUAAAGUAUAUUUUACGCUUCAAUUUACAACUACUUAAAAAAUAUUCAAACAAUCCGUCUUCGUUUCCUAUGGAAGUAAAUGAACGAUUCAAAGAAGUAUUAAGAAAUAGUCAAACAAAUCUUAGCAUUGAAAGCAAUUAG